UGUUCACAUUUUCAAUGGGUGCUGUCCUGUCCUUCUUUCGACGCAAGCCGCGGUCGCUGCCGGACGAGAUCAAGUUCCUGCACGAGCAGCUGCAAGAGUCCAAAGCCAAGCUCACGGAAUCGCGCAGGGCUGCAAAGUCCAUUCUGGGCACCCUCACCAUUGGCUUUGUGAUGGUCUACGCAGUCGCGGGCCUCGUCUUCUACUUUCGCUACUUUUCACCAGACGCGCUGCACGAGUCCAUCCUGUUUGCGCUGCCGCUGCUCGUCUCGCCGCUGCUACUGUUCUACAUCCUGAGGUUUGCAGUGAAGGCGUUCGUGCGUCGGCGGGCGACCAACGCAGAGGCGCACACGAACACUCUGCUGAAACGCAAAAAGCAGGCGUUGGACGAGUUCAAGGCGUCCAUCAACUUUGACAGGGUGCAACAAGUGCUCGAAGCGUACGACGAAGGCCACAUCCAGGCUCAAGCGGAAAGACAGCGCGCAGAGUUUGAAAAGUACCGCAAGGAGUUCGAAAAGCUGCAACAGGCACAGGCGCGGGCUGGUCCGCAGCAGCAGCAAAACCAGCAGCAACGGGCUCCGCUUGCAGGCACAGUGGCUGCUCCUGGCGUCGGUCUCGUUGGUCCUCGCCCCGUGCGACCCGUGCCACCGCCCAAUCGUACAUCGUUCGACCGCGUGAUUGACUUUAUCGUCGGAGACGGCCCGAACCAGCGAUUUGCGCUGAUUUGCCGCAACUGCAAGAAUCACAACGGCAUGGCUCUUCCAGAAGAGUUUGAGUACAUUGAGUUCUACUGCGUCUACUGCAAUGCUCAGAAUCCCGCUCGGAAAAAGCGAGAGGUGCACGGAACUAUUCCACAGUACUUGCAAGGACGGCAGCCAGAGUCGGAGCCGGCGCACGCCGCGAAAUCGCCCGAGCCCAUGCCGGGAGCUCACGGCAUGCCCGUGCCCGCGCAUCUUGUCAAUGCAGUCAAGGCCGCGGCAGCCCGUGCCGCCGCCGAGCAAGCAGCAGAAGCAGCGAGCACCAGCAGCAGCGAAGCAUCCUCGGCAGCGCCCGCUGGUCCCGCUGAUCCCAAGUCCGCGCAGCCAGCAGAGGCCGCAAGCUCGGCUUCAAGCACCCCAAGUGAUGGUUCGGAUGCGGAGAGUGCAACUGCUCCAGAGUCCGAGUCGACGGGAGAGCGUCGCUCAACCCGAAGGCGGCAGGCUACGGACAAGUCCAAGACUUCUUAGCUUUCUCUCGGUUGACAUUUGGCUUUUGUGAUCCAAGGAAAACACCCAUUAAAGUACUGUAUUUGUAUUUGUCGAAGUUUUUUUUGUUUCAACAUUCUCG